UUAAAAACUAGGAAGACUAGUAGUACAGUUAAUAAAAACGUCAAUGUUGGCCUAGCUGCAGUUACAACAUUGAAUAGUGACAGUUUUCAGUUUCAAGACUAAAACCCAUCGGAGGAGCAUCGGGGAUCGAUUAUGGAGUUUCACCAAAACCACCGUAAUAACAACAAUUCAUCUCCACAAUGCUCCUCAAAUUCCAAUUCAAUCUCUUCCUCCUCCUCCGUAACAACCACCACCACCACCAACAACCCUAACCGUAACUCCAACGACCCUAUGCACUCCUGGUGGGAAUCCGUCUCCAAAGCCCGUUCCCGAAUCCACUCCCUAGCCUCCAUCCUCCCUCACCACAACCACACUCUCUCCCCCCUCGCCGACUCCGAACGCCCCGCUCUCUCCCUUCUCUCCUCCCCCGCCGCUUACUCCGCCCUCUCCUCUUCCCUCUCCGGUUCCCACUCCGAUCCCCUCUGUCACUGGCUUUACGACACUUUCCUCUCCUCUGAUCCUCACCUCCGUCUCGUUGUCCUCUCUUUCAUCCCUCUCCUCUCCGGUCUCUACCUCUCCCGUGUCCAUUCCUCCGAUCCCCCUUCCCUCGCCGGUUUCGAAGCUGUCCUCCUCGCUCUCUACGCCGCCGAAACCAAAUCGAGAGCCGGUAAACCUCUCCUUGUCACCAUUCCCGAUCUGUCGAUUCCAUCCAUCUACCAUACUCCCCUCCGCAAACCCCUUUCUGCAAACCCUAAUCCAUCCGUCGGCGUAAUCUCACCUCCUCUCGAGCCUCACCUCGCUGUUAAAUCCACCAAACGCGCCUGCAUCGUCGGUGUCGCUCUUCAUUCUUACUUCUCCCAGAUCUCCCAUAUGCCCUCCUGGUCAAAGCUUGAAUUCUGCCUAUUCGCCGCCGGUUGGGCCGGUCAGGACUGCCCCUGUCGAAGAGAAUUCGAUCAAAUCGAAAACCUCAACAAUACUUUAGCUUUACGCCAUCGUAAUGGCGGUGAUGGUGAAAGUGAUGUUGAGAUUGAGGAGGUUGCAGAAGCUCUGAACAGCUUGGAGAUUCAUCAUGACCCUGAUUGUGAAUCUCCAAAGGGAAUUACCAAAGGGGAUAGAAUCCCUUUACCUUGGGAGAUUCUUCAACCUACAUUGAGAAUUCUAGGACAUUGUUUGAUGGGUCCGUUGAAUUCUCAAGAGGUUAAAGAUGCUGCUUCUUUUGCUGUUAGGUGUUUGUAUGCAAGAGCUUCUCAUGAUUUAGUGCCUCAAGCAAUACUUGCUACGAGAAGUCUCAUUCAGCUUGAUAACAGAACUAGGGAUGCUGCGAAAUCAGCUUCUUCUGCUGCUGCUUCAAAUGUCAACACACCUACCAAAGCCAAGAAACCGGAAAUGCUUCUAGUUUCAAAGUGAUGAUUAUAAGAUAAGAUAAGAUAAGAUAACCCUUGCUGUAUCUCUGUAUAGUAUAUGGGUAGUAGUGUUUCGAUAUUGUUUUAUCUGUUGUAGCUUUAUACUCUAGCUGUAAGCAUAGUUCCUGUUUGGAUUAUAGAUUCUUUAUAGCCGUGGUUUUGACCCUUAGUUAUUGUUUUUAAGUUUAUGUAUAUUUUUCAUGUAGAUUAGUUGUCUGUUGUUUAACUUUGUUUCUCAGUAAAGUUAUCUUGUGAUUUUGGUUGUGCUGU